UAUUGUGGCUGUGCAGUGUUACGCAUCCGUGUGUAACGUUUUUUAAGAGUGUUAUUGCUAUAAGUUACGUUAAAAGUGCUAGUUUUUAUUGAUCUAAGUGAAAAUGCAGACCGGCAGCGGGGCUAAAAACCCGCCAUGGGCGCGAUCGAACGUGAAUACAAAUAUGACCGGCAUGAACACGCAAAUCAUGGACCCUAACUCUAUGAUGACACAACAGGGUAUGAUGCCAUUCCAACAAACCCCGGCUGUGUUUAACCCGAGUAUGAUGCAAGCUCAGAGUGGCAUGUCCAUGCCAAUGGCAGGGCAAAUGCAAAUGAAUCAAAUGACUCAAGGUCAAAUGUAUCCGGGCAAUGUUGUCGCGUACCCAACACCACGUGCUAUGAACCCGGGAAUGUAUCAAAACAGCUCAUCCGGCGGAACGGCGCCAUCCAGCGAACAGAGGGUGUUCACAGGAACUGUAACAAAGACUCAUAACGACUUCGGCUUUGUCGAUCACGAUGUCUUCUAUCAGACUUCCGUGUGCGCUAAGGGCAUCAUUCCAAAAGUAAACGACAGAGUUCUGGUGGAGGCAAACUACAACCCAAACAUGCCGUUUAAGUGGAACGCGACCAGAGUACAGGUGCUGCCUAAAAACGGGCCUGUUAACCAGAAGCAGAACACCCCAAAAAGCAACAACUAUAAUGCUGUACCACCACCUUCGGGUGAUAGACAGUCUAACAGGAAGGACCGUAAUAUCCAGAGAGCCAGAGACAACAGAGAAGUCAGAGACAGAGAUAACAGGAAACGCUCAAGAACCAGAAGCCGCUCACGCUCAAGGAACAUCCAUGACAACAGGGUGAACAGGAGAGACUCGCCGCCCCGCAAGCGCCCCGUGAUUCACCAACCUUCUCCAGUCAAAUAUGUAGUCAGGGUGCCACGUAUGCCAUUGGACAUUGAGAAGCUAGAUGUCCCCGCGCUGUCUCAAAGGUACACUAACAUGUACGUGCCGUCUGACUUCUUCAAUGCCCAUGUGAAAUGGGGCGAGACAUUCCCGCCGCAGUCUCCGCUGUCGCUCAACAACCCGUGCCAGUACUACAUCAUGAACAAGGAUAUUGACAAUCCUCUUGGCAAUGACGCCAUUUUGGAACCUCCUGAUGCGGAUUACAGAUUUUCAGCAAAGGUGAUGUUAAUCAGCAUGCCAACACUGGAGUCACUUUACCAGAAAUGUGGGCUGACUAAAGUAGAUGAGAAAGACAAACGCUCCACCAAUUCCAAAACUCCCUUGCACCCUACCCGUCUGAUCAAGUUCCUUGUUGGCCAGAAAGGAAAAGGUGGUGAAAAUUUUGCUAUAGGUGGACCAUGGAGUCCUUCUCUGGAUGGCGACAACCCUCAAUCUGACCCCAGCGUCCUGGUCAAAACCGCCAUACGCACAUGCAAGGCCCUGACUGGAAUUGAUUUGUCUAACUGCACCCAAUGGUACCGAAUGGUGGAGUUUUACUACUGGCGCGAGGGCAGCAACGGCAAGUCGCGGCUCGAGUGUGUGGUGUUGUUCCUGCCCGACGUGUGGUCGGCUCAGCCUUCGCGUAUCGAGUGGGCCAACGUUCAGGAGACAUAUAAGACAGCCUGCGACAACGCGAUAAGGAACCUCGACAUCGUCGCGGCGGAGGUGGCGGCCGCGCCGACACCAGCAGCCGCCGAGCCUGCGGCGCCACCCGCCGAGCCUGCUGCUGCUCCGGCCGCGGAGGCUGCGCCAGCGGACAAAUCCAAAAUUGAUACGCCAAGCCAGGAUGACAGUACUAUAACCAUAGAUGAGAAUGAUGAUGACGAGGACAGGCCUGAGCCAACACAUUAUUCCAAGAUCGAUUUGAGGACCAUUAAAGUGGACCAACUGCGCCAAGAGCUGAGAGCUCGUAAUGUCAGCUGCAAAGGCCUGCGUGCUCAACUCGUGUCCCGCCUUUCUAAACUGGUCAAGCAAGAAGAAGAAAAGGAAUCCAAAGGUGACGAGGUGGAAGUGUUGGACGACGACGCAGAAGAAAAGAAGGACAAGCCUAAACAAGACGACUCCAUCGAGAUAACCGAUGACAAGGAUGACACGCCUAAAGCGGAAAAGGAAGAAAAGAAAGAGGAAAAGACAGAGAAAAAAGAAGAAAAGGAGAAAAAACCGGUGCAAAAGUCUGAGAAGGAAAUUGAACAGGAAUUGAAAAGGCUGGAGAAAGAAAGGCAGACUCUAAAGUCGCGUUACGAAGUGCCGAACACGCCCCACAUUCUCGUGCACCCGUCGACGACGGCCAAGGGCGGCAAGUUCACCUGCAACAUCGCCACUCUGUCGUUCCUGCUAGACUACCGCAUCACCGACAACAAGGAGCAUAGCUUUGAGCUGUUCGUGUUUGCCGAGCUCUUGAACGAGAUGCUUAUGCGAGAUUUCGGCUUCUACAUUUACAAAACGCUUUACACCUUGCCCGAAAAGGUAGAGGAAGUAAAGGAAGUCAAAGAGAAAGAGUCGAAAGAAGUUAAAGACGAAAAGAGUGCUGACAAAGCAGAUAAGAAGGAUGACAAAAAAGAAGAUGAGAAGAAAGAUGACAAAAAGGAAGAUAAAAAAGAAGAGAAGAAAGAGGAUAAGAAGGACGAAAAGGACAAAAAAGACGACCGGCGCGAUGACAAACGCGAGAUUUCACGGCGGCGAGACCGACGGGGCUCUGUGAGCGACGACGAGCGCAGCACCUCUCCCCGGCGGCGCAGCCGCGGCGUAGAGCUGCCGCCCGACCCCUAUCUGCUGCUGUCACUUGUGUACUUCGACACGGCCCGAGGCGGCAACGUCACCAAGAAGGACCUGCAGAACCUCUUCAUGAGCUUAGGACUCCAGUUGUCCCGCUCGCAGAUACGCAGCGUGCUCGAGAAAGUCUGCAUCAAGGACUCUUUCAGUUACAAGAGCCUUAUCCAGUCCAUCAAGGAUCUCGUGGCCGGCUCACACGAGGCGAUGCAAGAUCUGCCGCUCGACACCGCGGUCGUUCCUCAGGAGGUUCCUCCUCACAUCGCCGAACUAGAGGCCGCAAUUGCAUCGGGUAAUCGUGAGCUGCUGCCGAUCUUCAAUCGACCCACCGAAGGCGAAUCCGCCUCUAGCGAAACUAAGGACGUUAGCGAUAAGGGUGUGGUGGUGUACAAGUCGCGCGUGAUCGACCUGGGCGCCUGGGUGGCGGCGGAGGCGCGCACGGCGGCGCUGCGCGCGCGGCUCGAGGCGGCGCUGGACGACGCGCGCGCGCAGCUGCGGGCCGCGCGCCAGGCCGCCGCCUCGCGCCAGCAGGCCGAGCGCGGCGCCACCGCGCAGCUCGGCGAGCUGCAGGACCAGCUCGCCGCCGCCAGGGCCCGCGUCACCUCGCUCCAGGCCAGCUCCAAGAUUUUCCAUUCCGCCUUGAAAAGCAUCCAGUCUAAAGUAGAAGCCGUCGUGAACAUCAAGUACGAGGACGACGACGUCGUCGAAAUUGUGAAUGGACCGUCAAAGUAUGAAAAAUUGCCAAAGAAAGAGGAAAUUCCCAAACAAGAAGAGCUAGAUGUGAAAUCAACUAAAGAAGAACAAGAAAUUCCCACAAGUACGGAAGUUGACUCUUCAAACCAGGAAAAAGACACUAAUGAUAUCAUUGCCACAGAGAACAUGGAAAUUGAUGAUAAGGAAUAAACCACUUAUUACACUUUUAUGUAUAAUUUGACAUAAUUAUAAACUAAGCUUAGCAUUAUAUAAUAGUCGCGUGAAUGCAAGUCGUAAAUAUUGAACUUAAGAAUGUUUAAAUAUUUUUACUUGUAUACCAAUAAGUAGCAUUCCACGAUAUUGUCUACCGUUUGUCCCGUACAAACGCGAAUUUUCUGAAGAUAUGUGGGUAUAGGAGUUUCUUUUUCUGCGACAAAGGUCAGAAAUAUGCACAGAAAAAUAACCGUCGGCACAGAUUAUGUAAUAGUUCUUACGAACAGAUACUUAUCUCAAAGAAAACGCAAAUACCUAUCGUUUUGAUACCUACACAAAAAUACAAUGGAAUGACCUUCAACGCGCCGCUCCCCGCACCGCGUGCACCGGCACAAAGCUAGGGUUGCCGACGCGACGUUUAGAAAUGAUUUUACAAAUAAGUACCUACCUACUUACCUAAACUAUAGAUUUCGUAAGGUCGGGGUACUUUAGCUCACCAAAAUAACACGGAGCAAGAUAAGUUGCAAUAAGUAAUUAAUAAUUAAAAUAGGUAUUCCGCGCGUAAAAUUAUGAAACGCAUAAUUUCAUUCCGACGAGUGACUGCGAAACAUUUUAAAAGGUCAUAUGUCCCUGUAGUAACCGCAGUAUUUACGUCGUUUUAUAAACCGCGCAAUGAAUCAAUACCACCUACGUAGCUUGCAACUAUCGUAAAAAUGAUAUUUAUACCUAUUGAGAAUGUCUACUUACUUUUUCUAGCUAUCGGAAGAGCAAAAACGGUUUUUUUUUUAUUAGUUUUGUUGUUUUUGCAUCCAUUCACACUACAAGCUGUGUUAUUUUGUUCGUGACGAAGACAUUUCUUUCGCAUACAUUUUGAUAUAUUCGAGCGGGCAGCGACGCGACGUGCGUGCGUGAGCGCGUGUGGCAACCAACUGGCUUGCUUUUCUACCGUGAACGGGAGUAGUUUCGUAAGUAUAAAUCUGAGCUCGCGCGGAGAGUUCCAUAGGCCUGCCGUCUGCUUUAAACGCCGAAGAAAAAGUUAUAAUAUGUGAAAUAAAAUGCGUUUGUACGGGAUUGCCCGUGGAAUGGUCCUAAAGGGUAUUAAAAAUAGAGAUAUUUAACUUUAUAUAAGUUAGAAAGCCUACAGUCAUUACAGACCUACAUAAAGCUUAAUUUAUGUGUAUCAUAAUAGCAAUAAAAUGAAUUCCAAGCGGCAAA